AUGAACGAAAUAGGAUGCAAUGACAGGUCCUUUACAACAACCACUGACAGCAUCCACUCACUCGACUCGCCAAUCCUGAAGCUGGUCAUCUCAGUUGCUGUUCUCUUAAACAACAUCGACGACGAGUCCGAGAAACGACCCGGCGACAUUACGGAGGCCGCCGACGCCAACACCUCCGGCCCAGACGUAACUACGUUUGCUCGCGCUCUCCAAGUCAGCGGAGCAUUUACCCCAAGCAAGGCCGUCGACAAUGUCACUCUCAAUCUUGCCGAGGGCAAUACCCUUGCCAUCAACUGA